AAUAAUCAUGUGGACAGAACAUGGCUGCUUCAGAGUGUGCAGCAGGGUCGCAUACUGUCAAUGCUGCCUGUCUUUAGUUAGACUGUGAAGAGCUGUUGGCGUUUUUAUCCGCGGUGGAAAAAACAGGAGAUGUUGUCCUGAAAACAGACGACAGCUCACAGCUCAGCGCGGCUGUCUCACCACUGCUGCCCAGCGUGUGUGUAUGCGUGUGUUUGGUUUGUGUAUGUGUGAGCGUGUGUGUCUGGCCACAGUUUGACAGCAGCAGUCUGCAUCAUGUUCGUGUUGGUGGAGAUGGUCGACACGGUCAGGAUCCCGCCGUGGAACUUCCAGAGACAACUGAACGACGCGAUAGCAGAGGAGCUGAACAAGAAGCUGGCCAACAAGGUGGUCUACAAUGUCGGCCUGUGCAUCUGCUUGUACGACAUCACUAAACUGGACGACUCCUAUAUAUUCCCAGGAGACGGCGCAUCACACACCAAAGUUCAUUUCAGGUAUGUUGUCUUUCACCCUUUCCUCGAUGAGAUCCUGGUCGGCAAGAUCAAGUACUGCAGCCAAGAGGGAGUUCACGUGACCAUGGGCUUCUUUGAUGACAUCCUCAUUCCACCAGAAUCACUUCAACAGCCUGCAAAAUUUGAUGAAGCCGAGCAAGUUUGGCUGUGGGAGUAUGAGACGGACGAGGGGGCCCACGACCUCUACAUGGACCAAGGAGAGGAGAUCCGUUUUCGGGUGACAGAUGAGGUCUUUGUGGAUACGUCGCCGACGGGCCCGGCCGCUGUGGCGACAGACACGCCGGCGCAGCCAGGACAGUCUGCGGCGCCGCCGGCCGAGGGCAGCGGGGAGAAGAAAGAGCCACCGUACACUCUGAUUGGGACCAUCUGUGAGCCGGGGCUGGGGCUGCUGUCAUGGUGGAACAACUAGCACUGCGGUGGAUGAAGAGGACAUUUGGUGGUUACGAGCAGAUCAACCAUCAUGACUGAUGGGACAGACAGAGGGACGGUCGGCUGGAGACACCGACCCCUGUGAUGCGGAAGUCAAGACACAAAGCCGAGCUGUUUUCUGAACCAAGAGACUGUUGGUGCCAAGUGACUGAUGUGGCCUCUGUCACAUGGAGACCGACUGGGUUUUAAAUACUGCCCGUAAUAUACCUGCUUUAUGUUUACAUGGAGAGUUGAAUUAACAACAGAAUGACUGACAAACAUUUACAUCCAGUUGUUAUAUUUUACUUAAGAUUCUGACCCCUGAUGUAAAAGAAAUCAAUGAUCAAACUAUUCAUUAUUUGAAUCAGAAUGUCGUCACCACAUUAGAACGAUAGAGGAACACGGGUCACAAAAGCUAAUUGAAACAGAAGGUGCUGUUUAAAACCAAAUGAAAUCAGCCUUGGUCAGGACAGAAUCAGCGUGGUGCAUAAUCACUCGUACAGACACUCUUGAGUUUUCAAGUGAGAGAAAUUAAGGCUGAUUGACUUUUUCUGUGUGAUAACAUUUGACCUGUGUGUCAGAUCUCAGGUGCCUUUGUAGUUUAUUAUUAUCAGUUUAUUAAACAGCCUUUUUACAUUUACUGUCUCUGUUUUGUCUCACAGUAAAAGGACGUAUCAUCUGCGUGA